AUAUCGUGUCGUACUGUUAAAAUGGCCGCUUGGAGAGUACUUCAAGAACACAGUCAAGAAGAAUCUUGAAGUGGUAUGAGAGGCUUUUGCACACUGAAACAGAGGAGAAAAAUGCUCCGUCUGCAGAGGGUCGAAGGGAAUUGCUAUGAUCCAUCUCUACAACCAGAAAAAAUUUUGCUAAAACCGACUGUCACUCGUCUCGGACGCAGUAAUGAAUAUUCAGAUGUUGUUAUUGACAGUGUGAUAUCUCCUUUAAUGAUCAGUCGUGUUCACGCUGAAAUUCAUUUCAGCAAUGGAAAAUUCAGAAUUGAUUGUAAAGGACUGAACGGGCUGCUAGUCAACAAAGCAAAGCGUAGCUCUGCUGUCCUAUGCGAUGGUGAUGUUGUUGUCUUUGGAGGUGCUGGCGUUAAAACGAAAGAAGGACAGAGUUUGUCAGCUUACGAUUCGGAGCUUGUGUAUGUUUUUAAUGAGGUCUGCCAGAAUGAUUCUGAAGAAGUGGGCUCCCUUGGGGAAGGAACAAGCGAUGGAAGCGUGCGAAGGCGAAGCAAACGGAAAAAGCCCGCAUCACUAAGUGAAGGAGUGAGCUCUCCAUGUGAAAAGAAGACUAAAGGCAGCAUGGACGAUAAGCAGGUUUUUGAAGUUGAUCAAAAAGCUGAUCCACAGGAAGAAGUAAACAUCAGUGAAGUAGAUGAAAGCAGAUCAAAGAAGUGCUUGAAAGAUUUAAAUGAGGAGCUACUUUGUUGUAUCUGUCGUGAACUGAUGGUAUUGGCACACACUUUGCCUUGCUCACACACUUUCUGUUUUGGUUGUAUCAGGGACUGGCUUUGUCAUUCAAAAGACUGUCCAAACUGUAGAGCAAAGGCUCAACUCAAGUCUGCUGUACCAGUGAAGGUGCUAGACAAUACAAUAAACAAAGUAGCAGAAGAAGUUCUUUCUCCAGAGGAACUUGAAGAAAGGCAGCUGAAAAUUCAGUGCUACUGACUCCCACAGAAAAAGAGCAGCAUCCCCAUCUGUACCCACACCCCAUACUCAUGACCCCCUCCAAGGACUGCACCUGAAGAGGCUGCUCCCAAGGAAUUGCAUUUGAGAUGUAUUUAGAAACCGUCUAUAGACUGAGGAGUGUUUUGAUUGCAUCAAGUUGCAAUUGCUAUUUAGGUAUUCCAUGCAUGCAGGAGUUUUCAUGAACAAGUUCCUUUAAAUAGUAUGAAAUAUAAAUUGAUUGAAUGAAUUACUGAUAUUAUAGGAUACUUUUCACUGUACUCAUGAACUGAGUACAGUUCUCCUUUAGGUUCAAAUAGUGUUGACCAUUGUUGAAAUGAUAUCUUACUGAAUGCAUUGUGAAUAAAUUUUACUUGUUUGAUUUGCAAAAGUGUGUUACUCUUCAACAAGAAUGGCUGCAUGAGUAAUGGAUAAGUUAUCUUUUUUGUUGUAUUAAAAUCUCAUCUUUGGCUGAAGUAGGCUAUUUAGGAUUAUUUUUUUGACUUUGCCAGAUUGCAUCAGUUGAUAGCUAAGAUGUAAAGUUCAUGAGAAACCCUUCCACCUUACUUGGUUUAGUUUAAGAGCCAAGUUAACCAAGAUGUUGUCUUGCAAAUUCUCAUUCUUCAGAGACAGAGCAAAUUAGAUGAAGUAGCAGGAAGGAAUGGGGAGACUGAUGGUUUGGGAGGCAUUCCAGCUACACAGCCUCCCCUCACCACACCCCUGGAAAGAAGAGAUAUUUCUCCACAGUUGAGCAUACUCUGGAGCACAUUGUUGGCCAGCUGGAUGUGCUCACACAGACGGUUUCAAUUUUGGAACAAAGGCUGACGAUGACUGAGAAUAAACUACGAGAAUGCCUGGAUAACCAACAGAAAAUAACUCUACAGAUCAGACCUAACGAGUAGCGCUAUGCGGCGUCAGUAUAAAGAGACUUGAUCAUUAGACAUGUUCAGAAUUCUUUUAAAACUAGUCUUUGUAAGGUAAUAUUGUAAACUAUGAAAGAAACUUUCAAUUGAGUGUCGAAAAUAGUCAUGGAUAUAGUCAUGGGCAUUGGUUUAGCUUGACUGUAGUCUGUUAUUGGUUUAGCGAGCCUAUACCGCCCCCUUGACCAAUCAGGUACGAGCCUCAUCAAGAUCGAGUGUGCAGUAGGGCCAUUCGCAUAUUUCCAGCACUUCAGGCUUUUCUUUGAGUUAUCUUUGGCAUUUUGUUAUAUUUCCUUUAUUGGAGCAGUUUCCAGCUGAGUAUCAAAAGUGAUGCUGGAUUGCUUUGGUUUUGCUUUACUUCGUUAUGUGAUUGGUCCAGGAAACUCGCGUCACAAUCUUAACCAAUCAAAUGUAAAACUAAAACCAACUACGACUUGGUCACUCGCGUUUUCCCGCGCUUUAAGGAGGUUGCCUGUUUCUACUCUGUGUUCUCAUUGGCUAAUAAUCAUGGUAACCUUUUUUCUGAUUGGCAGUUGUCAUCACUUUGGAUUUGGUUUUUCGAUACUUAAUUGAAAAGUGCUCGACGAUUGGCAAUUGUGAUAAAUUUGGAUUUGGUUGUAGGACACUCAGUUGAAAUUCGCUUUUUGAGAAUACAGUGUUUUAUAUCUGUGUGUACAUAUCAUAUAAAGUUACUAAGGCAAUAUCAGAACUACAAGUAGGUAAAUAAACUAUUUAUACCUACCUUUGCUGUAUGUUUGGAAUGAGAAUUUGUUUUACAUUUAAUCGGAGGUUGAAGUAGCUUUUUGGUGAGCUGAUUUUAUGUGCUGGUGUUCUCUGUAUUUAAUGUUCUUAUGUGUUUUAAAAUUGUUUUUGGCUUAAAUACGUAUUCAGUAACUAUAGAUCUAGACCAAACAGAACAUUAUUUGUCCGCUGGUGGAUACGAGUUUAUAAUAUCUCUCACAAAAGAGAGAUAUUGUCGACACUCGAGAAUAAAUUUGUAUUAACCCACGGCCAAGUAAUGCCUCCUCAGGGUUGUCAAAAAGAUUUUGUGUAGCAGCCGUCAAUUCAGUGUCAAUUCCACGUUUUAUUCGAUCCGAUCAACUACGCUCAGCACACUGUUCGAAUACAAUACUGUAUGAUAAAUCCUUUCAAACAAGUAAGUGUCCUUUUCCGUAACCUUG